ACACCAAUCGUCUGGCCAUCCGUUUGGCCGACAUUCCAUAGUGAGACGUGGUACGAGCGAGCUGUAUUGUAACGAUAGUGCGUUAUUCAUUAGUGUUUCGAAGUGUUUUAAAAGUGCUAAAGUAGUAUAUUAUAAUGGCUGAGGGUACCAGACGCGACAUACCCAUCAAAUUGGGAGAUUUCAGCGUAAUCGAUAGUGAAUUCAGCAAUAUUAGGGAGAGAUUCGAUGCUGAAAUGAGGAAAAUGGAAGAGGAAAUGAGCAAAUUCAGGUCUGAGCUCAUGAGCAGAGAGGCCAACAAUUUUUUCAAAAGCACCACCAGGUCUUACGAGUAUGAAAAGGUCUCGGGAGGAAAUUCAACAAAAUCCAGCAGGUUUGUAAUACAUGUUCUAUGCACAAUAGUAGUACGUACUGUACAUUUUCUAGCGGUACUUACUGUACAUUUCCUCGAAGCACUAUACCAUAAAAAAAUAUAUUGCAUGUGUCUAAUAACUAUAUGUAUAAGCACAUAAUCGUAAAACGAAAAA